UUCUAUUUUUAAUUUUACCCUAGAGCUAGAUUCUAGUUCUAAAUCAGCCAAAUCUAGAUCUAGACUCUAGAUCUAGAUCAGAAUCCGACUACAUUUCACUUUUCAGAGAUCUAAAUACUAGAUCUAGAUCUAGAUCUAGAUUUAAAUCAUAUCUAGAAGUCUAGAUCUAGAGUCUAGUAGAAUCUUAAUCAAAGUUGAUCGUACACAAACACUUUGGCUUAAUCAGGAGCAUCCUUUAUUAAAGAUUCAUUUUUCGGAAUUCGUCAUUCAUUGAAUCAUUACAUGAUUGGCAUCUGACAUAAAAUGGAUGCCAGAACAAAAGAUUUGACAGCCUGGGCACAGCUGGUAUCACUGACGGAGUUGGAAUCCUCUGCUAUUCCAAUUUACCUCAACCGUUUUACUAUUGGCAGAAAUAAUGAUUGUGACUUGCCUCACACAGGCAAUAAACUUGUCUCCGGUGUUCAUUGCUAUAUUGAAAAAGAUCUUAAUGGAAAAGUGUGGCUUUAUGAUACAAGUACCAAUGGCACCCUCCUUAACAACAAAAUUAAACUGACAAAAGGGGAACGAAAAGAAAUUCACCAUGGGGAUGAAAUAUAUAUAGUGCAUAAAAAGAGUGAUACAAAAUUUGAUAUUGGCUACAUGUUCCAAGACAUGGAGUCCCUUAGAGCUGAAGCCAGCUCAGACACUGAUGACACCCAGGAAUACUCGUAUACAUGUGGAGAGGCCGACCUGACUUUGGCUGAUGAUGCAAUUAAUGAAGUUUCAAGUCCUUCCCCAGUAAAGAAAAAAAAGAGGUCAAGGGAGAUAACUUACAUAGCUUUUAAAAAAGCCAAACAUGAUUUGCCUGGGGAAUCACCAGCAACAAUAGCUUCUGAUACAGACAAUAAAAGUAAAGACACUGUUGUAGUAGAGAAGCAAGAAAAAACAGAAUCAGUUGCUGAAAGUAAACAGACAGGAACUGUUGCCACAGCACCAGAAGAUGAUCUUAAACUCAAACCAGCGGCAGCUUCCACAUCAGCGGACUCCUCAGAAGAUGCUAUAGCAGAGACUCUUUUGUGUAUCAUUUGUCAAGGGCUUCUUCAUGACUGCAUCAGUCUUCAGCCCUGUAUGCAUUCCUUUUGUUCUGGAUGUUAUUCAGAGUGGAUGGAAAAGUCUGAUGAAUGUCCGUCGUGUCGUAUGAAGGUAGAACGCAUCAACAAGAACCAUAUUGUUAAUAAUCUAGUGGAAGCUUACCUUAAAGUUAAACCAGAGAAGCGCCGGCCAGAAGAUGAGAUAGAAAUGCUGAAUGACAAGAACAAAAUCACCAGAGAUAUGCUGUACCCAACCAAAUUACUGAGGGAGAGAAUAUCAGAUGAUGAUGACUAUAGUGAGGGUGAUAGUGAUGAGGAUGAGGAUGACAGAACACCUGGGGGAGACAACUUUGGUGCAGGAGCUGGUCUCUUCUUGGGGGCUGGGGGAGGAAUUUUUAACCCCCCUGUUCCAGCUUUUAACCCUGGUGGUUUGGUAUUUGGACUUGGAACACCAUUUUUUGGAACAGCUAUCAAUAGAGCUGCCCGACCUAUUUGCAGACAGUGUCCAGAUUAUGUUGAUCCUCUUGCUGGCCAGGAUUUGGGUAUUAUGGGAGCUCCACCACCAACAGCAAACCCUGGUCCAGGGGCAGCAACCACAGAUGCUCAACCUUCAACCAGUGGCCAAACGGCUGCUGCUGACCCAGAUGUGAAAACAAUGCCAGCUGCACCAGACUACACAUGUCCACCAGGGGGCAACCAUGUGCUGUGUUUGUGUUGUAUGCUCCCCAUGCCAGACAGAAGGGCAGACGGACUGCUGCCCCCUCAGCAAUGUUCAGUUUGUUACAGGGCUUUCUGCCACGCCUACUGGGGCUGUCGUAAAGUAGAUUGUAAUGGAUGUAUUGGAAAAUUCAAAGAUAUGAAUUUUGGGAAGAAGUGCCUGACAUCGUUAAUUCUUGAUAACCAGUUCGAGUCUGAGAUCUUUAAGAAUUAUCUAGAGGGAAGAGGCUUGUCUGUAAAGGCAGUGUUAGCUGACUGUCUUUCUAAGAUGGUGGCAGGAGAGUUUGUCUGUACAAAUCAGGCCGACCUCAUGUCCAAAAGAGGAAUCAAUACGCCUGUUUGUUAUGCUUGUGGGCUGAGAAACUUCAAAGAUUUGGCUUAUUACUACAGAAAAAACAUUCCAAAUGAUGAGUUACCAGCUGAAGUGAGGUCAAGGCCAAACUGUUACUGGGGUAAAAACUGUAGAACACAGCGCAACAAGCCUGAGCAUGCCAGACGAUUUAAUCACAUCUGUGACCAGACCAGAACUAUGUAGAAGGAACUCAAAGUUUACACAUGUGUCUGAUGGUUUAAGUCAUCAUCUCCUCAUGUCUACGAAGCAAUGGUCCACAUAUCUCUGUAUGGGUCUGAGUGGUAACUAUCUGAUGUGUGAAAUGUUUUGUUCUGAUUUGAUACAAUAUGAUCAUAUAACAUAGCAUGUAUGGGUCUGAGUGGUAACUAUCUGUGUGAAAUGUUUUGUUCUAAUUUGAUGCAACAUGAUCAUAUGACAUAACAUGUAUGGGUCUGAGUGGUAACUAUCUGAUGUGUGAACCAUGUUUUGUUCUGAUUUGAUACAAUAUGAUCCUAUAACAUAACAUGUAUGGGUCUGAGUGGUAACUAUCUGAUGUGUGAACCAUGUUUUGUUCUGAUUUCAUACAAUAUGAUCAUAUGACAUAACAUUUCUACUUCAAAUAUUUUCUGUGAUAUAUUAUUGCAUAGAAGUUGUGCUGCUUGCAUGAUUGUCUGUUAAAUGUCAGCUAAAUGUUAUUGCCUGUUUAAAGUUAACAUUCAGCUAUAUGAUGAGCACCACUUUACAGUCCAUAGUGUAUUUGUUAAUUGGGCUACAUGAUUAAACUUUGUGUAUGCCGAAGAUGGUUUAUGUCUGAUAGUUAAUGGAAAAUUUUGUGUCAAGUUUCACCGUCCAACAGUUUGUUGUCUUUGAUUGAGCUUAUUGAUAUGAUUCUGUCAAAUAAAAUAUC